AUGGGAGAUCAAGUGGAGGCCAUUAGUGUGGAUAAGAGGAUUAACAACAACGAGGAGUCUGAGGUAGUGAGGAAGGGACCGUGGACCAUGGAGGAGGACCUCAUACUCAUCAACUACAUAGCCAUUCAUGGUGAGGGGGUUUGGAACAAUCUCGCUCGAUCGGCAGGUCUUAAGAGAACUGGAAAGAGCUGCCGGCUUCGGUGGCUGAAUUACCUCCGCCCAGACGUCCGCCGUGGGAACAUCACGCCUGAAGAACAGUUGCUGAUCAUGGAUCUCCAUUCAAGGUGGGGAAACAGGUGGUCCAAAAUUGCGAGGCAACUCCCAGGUAGGACUGAUAAUGAGAUAAAAAACUAUUGGAGAACAAGAAUCCAGAAGAAAGUUAAAGAUGGUGAACCAGUCGAUUGCUCGAGCCAAAUAGUGAAUGAUGAAGGUAGCUCUAGCCAUGCCGGCGGCCUUGAGGAAGCCAUGGCGGCACAGCCAAGCUAUCCCAUUUAUUCAGAUAUUGCCAAUCCUCACGAAGCUUAUGUUCCAGCUGCCUACAGUGGAAGUAUUAAUACUAGCGAGACUUAUUUGAGUGCUGAGGAUUUCUGGGCCGUACAAUCUCUGAAUGGGUUAUAGAUCUGGA